AUGGCUGCAGGAGUCAUCAGGAACUUCUUCGUCCAGGCCCCGGCUCCAGCCUACUUCCCUCUGAUUUUCCAGCAUUCUCCAUGCAAGGAAGACGUGGAGGAAAAGCCCGAAGCGAGGGAAGAUGAGGAAGACAGAGAGGUAGAGGAGGAGGAGGAGGAAGAGGAGGAGGAGGAUGAAGAAUCUGAAGCUCAGGAGGAAGAGGAGGAAUGUUUGGAGGAGGUUUUCUUAAACCCCGCCCACUACGCGUUGGAUGUGACCAAGCAGCUGCUGCGGUUUGCCGACCUCAUCAGCCGGGACGUGCAGCGAUACUUCGGCCGCUGCUCAGGUGACCAAGAAGCUUGUGACAUCUACAGCGACUCGGUGUCCGUGACGACCAGCGGCCGCCUGCGUUACUACGACGACCUGCUGAAAAUUGCAAGAGCGGGGAGUCCAGAUGAGCAAGAAAACAGCUCGGCAGUGGCUGUUUGUGCUGAUGAUCAAGGAGUCGGGGCGGCAAAGGGCAGCAGCGGGUUGGGGCCCCUGGCGGAACUGUUCCACCACAGGGGCCCCAGUAGGGCCCGCAGCCGCCCCAUGAUCAAACGCCAUCUUCCGCUCAGCUUCUGGACCGAGCCCGUCCCCUGCUGCUCUCUGGUCAGUUUCAGUAACACACACGACGUGAUGCACACAGACAGUGACACACAAUCACAGGACCAGAACACACACAUGCACUACAACACACACCACAACACACACACCCUCGACAGCAUCCAGCCGGACUUCAGCGACUUGCUGGCAAACUGGGAUCCGCACCCGGAGCUCACACACACACUGACGGACAGCACACACACACUGACCGAGAACACACACAUGCAGCAUUAACCCAUAAGAACCCAGAGCCAGUUCUCCUUAAAGGAUGUGUUCUAUAGAACCUGGUCUCACAGGAAUCCGUGAAAUAGCCACGGAUUCGCUUAACUCAAAAUCCGUGGAAUAGCCACGGAAUCACUCAAAUUUCCGUGAAACUGACACGGAUUUCGCUACAAUGCAAGUUAAUAUUUUUUCCUAUUGGUUUGUUCCAAGUCACGUGACUUUCAAGGUCCCGGCGGUCAGAACAAAAAACAUAGCGGACAGUUCUCUCAUUUUUAGUGAAAAAAUCAAUAUUUUGACUUAGUUUCUGC